UAUUUUUAGUUUAGCCGUUUAUUUUGAUUUUAUUUUGCUUUGUUUUGCAUCUGUGACAUGUUAAUGUGAAAGGUUUCAUCAUACCACGAGUAGAGCGCAAUUAGGGACUAUGUGCAAAUUCAAAACAGUUUGUCAAAUGAUUGGCUUACUACAAAACCUAAUUGAACGGUUUGUAAACGAUUGUAUACAUACACAUUUAAAAAAUACCCGUCAUAUUUUAAAUAUGUUUGUAUAAGCUGCCAAAAUAGGAAUUAUUAAAGGACUUUACGAUUGUGACUUGAUACCGUGCCGACCUUCUCCGAUGAUCCCUUAAUUUCUACCAUUGACUUUUAUUUAUUUUUACUUCAACUGACUUUAGUUCAGUUGUUGUUCGUGUUCGUGUUGAGUUUCAGUAAGUUAGUUGCUUCACUAUGUUAAACCGUUUGAUGAAAUCAUCCAGAGUGGACGACCUCGGUGAUUUAAAACGCUUUAUGAAGUGAAGACUUUGUGUCAUGGCAGAAGAAGGUUCUAGCGUUAGAGCGAGUGACGGUUACAGGGUGCUGCUCCACACAGGCGACCAUGCUGGAGGACUGUUCCAGCUUACAGAUAACGAAAACGUCCAGUUUGACACUUCAGACUCAGAUAAUAACUCUGAAGUGUUAAUGGCAGGAGGACAGUAUCACUCCAUUCAGGAGUUUGCCUCUGGCAUCCCUAACCACCUGCUGCUGGGGUCGCUGCUGGAACACUUGUGCUUUGUGUAUGAGAGAGACCCUGCACAAUCUCGCAUGCUGUUUAAGGUUAUUGGUCAGCGACUAGCAGCAAUGAACCUCCUUUCUCCGUUGGCCAUCAGCGACGAGUUCAGUACAGUGAGACUGCAGCACAGCCGGGCCUUUGCUGAGCUCCUGCAUGCAGCCAGCUCAUCCCUGUUUCCUCAGAAUCAAAGGUACCUCAAUGUUGAUGGUCAAAACCCGGUGCUAAGAACAAAAAGUGGUCUUUUCCAAACCUCUCGCUACCUCACUGAAUUUGAAGAAAUGUCACCUUUGGGCAGAGGAUCAUAUGGAAAAGUCUUUAAGGUGAAAAACAAGUUGGAUGGACAGGAUUACGCUGUAAAAAAGAUUCUGAUCAAGAAUGUGACAAGAAAUGAUUGCAUGAAGGUCUUACGGGAGGUUAAAGUUCUGUCCAGUCUUCAGCAUCCGAACAUUGUUGGCUAUCACACUGCGUGGAUGGAGCAUGUGCAGCCUGCUGUGAAGAAUUGUACACCUACCAUUCUGUCUGCCAUACCAGCUUUAGAAACACCGUCACAAACAGAAAGACUGGAUGAAGAGAGCAACGGUAGCACCAAUGGAUCAUCCAUUGUUUUUGAAAACUCAAGCUCGAAGUGCUCGAAGGACAGAAAAGGACAAUCUACGAACAUGCAAAUUAAAAGCUCAAAUAAUUUUCUAACAUCUGCAAUGGCAAACGAGCAGAGGAGUCAGGUUCUGUCCACAAACAUGCCCAAACCACUUAACUUUGUCCCAUGUGUGUUCUUGGGAGAGCCGCGCUCUGUCAGCAAGACCUGCCCUGCACUUCGUUGGGAAAGUUCCACACUGUCAGAGGAGUCAUAUGUUGAUAUGAGCAGUCAGCAGUGGGCUGACAAACAUCCAAAUGAGGUUCAGUUCCACUUAAUGCUUUACAUCCAAAUGCAGCUGUGUGAGCGUUCAUUGAAAGAGUGGAUUCAGGAAAGGAACUCUGAGACAGACCUCACAAAGUCAGCAGGUUCCUUUAAUUCGUUUGACUCUCAACAAGCAUCUCAUAUCUUAAAGCAAAUACUUGAAGGGGUGGAGUAUAUUCAUUCCCGUGGAAUUAUGCACAGAGACCUAAAGCCAAGGAAUAUUUUCCUGCAAGGGCAUGAGUUCCAUGUAAAAAUAGGUGACUUUGGAUUGGCUUGUACGGAUAUUGUGGUGAAUGAAAACGAACAGCUACCUUCAAGUUCUCAUAUAAAUGAAAACACCGAGUCCUCUCACACUACAGGAGUGGGCACAUUUGUUUAUGCUUCUCCAGAACAACUGCAGUGUUCUCAUUAUGACUCAAAGUCAGAUAUGUACAGUGUCGGGGUGAUUGCCGUCGAGUUGUUCCAGCCCUUUGGGACAGAGAUGGAACGUGUGCAAACACUUGGAGGUCUGAGAAAGGGGAAUUUUCCAGUUGACCUAUAUAAGAACUGGCCGGUCCUAUCUGAGCAAAUUAAUCUGCUGACCAACCUGGACCCCACACUGCGCCCAAGUGCAUCCCAACUACUGCAAAGUGGUCUGUUUAACAACAGAGACAUGGUAAUCCAUAAUUUACAACAGAGGAUUUCUGAGCAAGAAGAGGAAAUAAUUCAACUCAGAAGACAGAUUAGUGAGCUGCAAACUUCACCAGAGAGGUCAUCACUAUAAUAACUACUGACUAUCCAGUAGUUCUGUGACUUUGGCAUAUUACGUGUAUCGUUUACCUUUAUUUAUUUUUGGGAAUGUCCCAGUUUCCCAACAUUAGUCAACUUGUCAACAUUUAUGAAGACAGAAUGUACGAAGUGUAUUUCUGGGAACAAUUUUUCUUCUGUUUUUAAAAACAUUUAAAAAAUGUUAUAUUUCAGUGAUGGAUGGAUAUUUUUGGUUUGCGCAUUGGGGAAAUAGGUAUUGUGCAAUGUUAAUCUUCCUGAGCUCUUGGCCAGUGUGACCAUAAUCUUUACUUGUAAACAAGGUAAAGAUGUGGCUUGUGCUUUACAGAUGCCUCUGUGGUCAUUCAAUCUAACAGCAGGCUAGAGAAAUGUCUUUGGCUAAAGAUUAAAAUACAGCUCUCUAUACAGCUUCCAUUCUUUGUUGCAUGGAUACCACAAAAUGUUGGAAACAUUCCUUUGGGAUUCUGGUCCAUGUUGAAAAGAUUUCGCACAUUUCCUGUUCUGCCACAUCCACAGGCGUUCUACUGGAUUCAGAUCUGGCCACUGAAGAACAAUGAACUCAUUGUCAUGGUCAUGAAAACCGGUUUGAGAUUAUUUUACUUUGUGACAUGGUGCAUUAUAUGGAUUGAUAUAUAUAUAUAUAUAAAGAUCGACAUUCAUAAACACAGUUUUCUGUUCUUGGAUGACAGAAGUGGUACCCAGUGUGCUCUUCUGCUGUUGUAGCACAUCCACAUCAAGAUUUUAUGUAUUGUGCAUUCUAAGAUGUUUUUCUUCUCACCACAAAUUUGUAGAAGGUCCUAACUGUAUCUGUCAGUUGUUUGAAGUCCAUUUAUUACUAGGUAUAAAGUUUGGUCUUACAGAUACACCUUUGGUCACACCUUUGAAUUAAGUUCCAGAAGACUGCUAUGCUACAUGAACAUCUUCAAUAAACACUUUUCCCCUAAA